AUGUCCGCUGUCGGUACCCUCCAGCCCACGGCCGCGCCGACGUCGCCCACCACCACUCGAAAGGCCUCCACCAACGGCGAGGCGAAAGAGAAAGAGAAGGAGAAGCGCUACAAGUGCCAGUUCUGCGCCAGAGCCUUUUCAAGAUCAGAACACAGAUCCAGACAUGAGAGAAGUCACACAAAAGAGCGCCCGUUUAAAUGCAUGAAGUGUAGGAGCACAUUUGUCCGUCGCGACCUUCUACUACGACACGAUCGAACAGUCCACGCCAAAGAUGGUGGGGUCCCGCUACAAAGUGAAGCAAAGCGACGCAACACCGGCACCAAGUCAGCAGCUCAGAACGGCGAGUCGUCUUCAUCGAAGCUCCCGGACCUCGAUGAUUCGUCCAUGGAUACCAGCUUCAUGGAUGGCGCCAACGGACUCGAUGUCGAGCAGGCUGCUAUGCUCAUGACAAACUUCCAGCAGAAGGCGGCCUUGUCUGGUGUUGACCAAGCGACUAUCGGCGCUGAACCUCUCAUUACCCCUCAUGGGCUGCCAUCACUGGAGCCGGCCACCCUUACGCACUACCCAGGCUCAAUGACAUUGCCGCAAAUGCAAGGCUGGGACACAAUGCUGCCGCAGACCAUCACACAGCCAAAGGCGCCUUCAAUCUCUUCGAAUGGUGAAGCACAUCACGAUAUGCUGCCCUAUCCGAACAGCGUUCUCGGCACCUCGACCAGUACGCUCCCUCCUCUUAUGGAGCGUAGCGAGAGCCAGCCGGAUGGUCUACCCUCAUUCAACGCAUCGACCAUGAUGGGUGGCUUGGCAACUCCCGGCGCCCUUUCGCCAUUCCCAUCAAUGAUGGGCCCAGUGUCUCCUGUUGACUAUCGUCGAUCGCCCGGCCCACCACAGCAAUGUACGAUGGCAAAAGCACCGCAAGUCGAAUCCGAGGACUCCAUCAAUCGCAUCAUGGAUAACAUCCGUCACUGCGACAGUGAAGGCGCUCUUGUCGAGACGUUCCGUCUGCCACAGCUUUCAGUCCUGAACCGCUACUUGUCAACCUACUUCAACUUCUUCCAUCAUCAUCUGCCGUUCCUGCACCCGGCGUCAUUCAACCCAUCUGUGAUUCCCGCGCCAUUACUGCUGUCAGUCCUGUCGAUCGGCGCGUUGUACACCUUUGAGCAGGAUCAGGCCUACAUGCUUCACAUUGGGUCCAAGGUGCUGGUGACGCAAUUCCUCCAGAAAAAGGACAACUUCAGCUCGCGCAAAUGCCCGCUGUGGAUGAUGCAGAGCUCAUUGCUCAACAUGACAUUCGCCAGCUGGAGUGGUGACCCGAAGGGUCUGGAGUGGGCGUGUUCCAUCAAAUCGCUGCUCGCGAACAUGGUCGCCGGCAACAGGUAUGAACUGAAGCUGCGCAGCGAUGCGAGAGAGGGCAGACAACCAACACACGCCGAGUGGAUCGAAGACGAGGGUUGCAGGCGAACAUACUAUGCUGUGUACAUCUUCUUCGGCCUCUUGACACUCACCUACAACCACACGCCCGCGAUCAGCUUCAACGAGUUCGACACCUUAGAAUUGCCUUCAUCAGAAUCGCUCUGGAAUAUGGAGGGUACGGACCACGAUAGCUGGAUUGAAGUCUUGACAGCAUCAACCAUUGUCACCUUCCGCGAGGCGCACGAUGCUCUGUUCCAAGGCGAAGAUGCGCGCUACAGUGCAUUCGCCACACGUGUAAUGAUCAACGCGUUGUUCCUGGAAGUCUGGUAUCACAAGCGCAGUCCAGAGGCGCUGCAAGAUGUGGUGACAGAGUGGAAGCUACGCCUGGCGCUUGACACUUGGGAGAAGUCGUUGGAGCUUUGUGAGCCCGAGACGUCGGUCGUGCAGCUCAGUGCGCCACACAAGGGCCACCCACUGAUAUUCAAUGCGAUGGCGAUGUAUAGGAACACACGCGCAAGACUGCUCGUCGAUUUGAAGUCGGUGCAAGAAGCGCUUCGCUACCACGACUCCUACGAGGUUGCCGCGGCAAUGACGAAUGCUCGCGACAAUGUCAAGAGAUCUGAGGAGAUGCUCAAGGUCAUUCAAGCCUGCUUCGACUGCAUCGAGGUUGCAGCUCUACAGGGCAUCAGAUGGGUUGCGCGGACUUCAGCUACUAAUUGGAGUAUCGAGCAUCCACUGUGUGGCCUGGACCUUAUCGUGGUCCUCAGCUUGUGGCUGUGGAGAGUCGAACACGACAGUGAGCCAGCCACCGCUGAAGAAAAGGUCAUGUAUCAGAAGCUACGAAGCCUAUUCGACGAUGAUACUGUCGAUGGGUUCGGUCAGAAGCUCAGCUCGACCGUUGCCCGACUCUGGGGCAGCAUGAUUGACGAAGUAGUCGUCUGGGGCAUCACAAAGCUCAUGGGCGAAUCCUUCAAGUUGCAUGCUCACGCACUCCACGGGUUCGAAGACUCGAUCGUGGCUGGUGCUGAGCAGUCGCAAGAACCGCCGGUCCAGACGUUGGCACCACACGCCACGGAAGUCACGGCCUACUAA